AUGGCCAGUGAUACGCAAAUGAAAAGAGCCAAAAAAACUAAUCCGGCGCAGUACAAAAUAUAUGUUGAUUUUUUAAUCAGCAACCCACAAUUCGUUGCUAAUAAAUUAAGCCCCUCGUUCGACAAGGAUUAUUUCAGUGCAAAGUGGGAGGAAUUGACCAAUUUGUUAAACUCAUGUGGUCAUGGGCCUAAUAGGCCUACUGAAUCCUGGAUGAAGAAAAACCAGACAAAAGCCAAAGCAAGGAAACAAAAAGCUCAUACUUUAGCAACAGGAGGUGGGCCUGCAUUAACCAAUUGCUUGACAGAGGUCGAACAAAAGGCCUUAGGUGUUUGGGGUCUAGGGUCAAUUGAUGGCCAUCCAGAUCUGGAAAUGGAUAUUGGACUAAAUUAUCCUAUCGAAAAAUCUGUCAGCAACGAGGCUGAACUUGAUUCUGUUAAUGUUGAUCCUGAGGUAGAAGAUAUAAUGCCACCUCCAGAAUUUUUAGAUGAUGCCCCUAGACCACCAAUGCAGAGACGAAGAACUUCUGGCAAUAAUGAAUUAAAUCACCUCGUAAACUCAAUGGAAUACGUAUUGAAAAGACAAACAGAGUCUCUUACUAACAUGAUGGAGAAACAGACAGAGGAAUAG